AUGGCUUCAAAAAGACUUUCGACUGUAAUAGUACUGAUUGGAACCACUGGCAAUGGAAAGAGUGCCACAGGAAACACAAUACUGGGAAAACAAGCAUUCAUAUCCGAAGUUAGCCCCUUUCCUGUGACGAAAAAAAUUGAGCUUGCAAAGGGUUGUGUGGCAGGAAAACAUUUUACUGUUCUAGAUACUCCAGAUCUAUUACAGAUACCAAAUGCUCUCUGUGAAAUCAAAGAGAAGAUUGCUGAACUGUCACUUUCAGGACCUCAAGUUUAUCUUCUAGUCAUUAGGUUGGGGUGCUUUACAGAAAAUGAAAAAAAAAAUGCUGAGAAAAUACAGGAAAUGCUUGGAACUGAAGCUCUUGAAAAUGCAAUUGUUCUCUUUACCUUUGGAGACAGGCUGGAAGGCAAAACCAUUAAAGAAUUAAUUGAAAGUAACGUAGAACUCGAAAAACUUUUGGAACAGUGUGGAAAAAGGUUUCACAUAUUCAACAAUAUGAAUAUGCAUGAUGACACACAAGUCAAAAAAUUAAUAAUAAGCAUUGAGAAAAUGCAGAUGGUGAAAGAUGAUUCCACAAUACGAAUAGUACUUAUUGGUAAUACUGGAACUGGAAAAAGUGCAUCAGGGAACACAAUUUUGGGAAAGAAGGAGUUUUUAUCUGAAGUCAGCCCACGCCCAGUAACACAGUUUUGGGGAAAGGCUGAAGGACAAGACAGUGGAGGAGUUUCUACAGACAAAUAA